CCUUAUAUAUAAAACCAUCUAUUCCCACUUUCUUCUCCACUCCCUCUUCUUCUCUUCUUCCCCCAACAAACUAAACCAAACCAAACCAUACCAUUAAGAAACAACACAUCUAUCUCAGUCCCCAAACCAAGAAACCCUAAAUUAAAUUCAUGUGCUCCUCCGGGUCUACCAGUGCUGCACCAACAAGACCUUGUUACUUGGAACAAGGCCACGGCUUGGCUUCCUUAAAACACAUGGAUGCGUGUCAUAAUCGUGCCAACAACUUUGUCUCUAGGUCCAUGACCAUGGGUUACGGCACUUCCUACCACAGAACUAGUUUAAGGAACAACAACAACAACAACAACAACAACGUUUCUGUUUCUUCACCAAGAUCUGCGAGAUUCUACGACGCCAGAUUCGAAGAUCAACACCACCCCCACUUCCUCUCCGCUUGUUUCCUCUGCAAAAAAUCUCUCGGGGACAAUAGAGACAUCUUCAUGUAUAGAGGGGACACACCGUUUUGUAGCGAAGAGUGCAGGCAAGAGCAGAUUGAGAUAGACGAAGCCAAAGAGAAGAAUAGGAACCUUUCUUCAUCGAUGAAAGCUUUAAGGAACAAGGAGCAGAGAAAUAAUAAUAAUAAAUCCACGUCGCCAAACAAGGCGCAACAAGACUACUCGUUCCGUACGGGGGCAGUUGCGGCGGCGUAGGGUACAAGUACAACGUAGGAUUCCUCGAGAGAGGAACCAACAAAUGAACGAACGGAACUGAGGGCAGUGUUCCCGGAAAAGGAAAGAAAACAUUUUUAGAAAAGAAGAAAAAAAAAGUGUGACUGAAAAGGAAAGUAAACAAAGGGAAGUUAAGUUGCGAGCUUUGGUUUACUUCUCUUCUUUUUUUUCUUUCUUUCUUUCUUUCCACGAACAAAGGGUCUCAAAGAGAAAGGGGAAUUUUGUGAGCUGUGAAUGGUAUACGUGUGGCAAAGUGUGUGUGCUUACAACAGUGGGAGAUUCUCUCUGCCAAAUGACUCAAAAUUUUCGGGUUUGCUUUUUUUUUUUUCUUUUUCUUUUAUUUUUUAUGGGGAUCAAAUUUGGUUUUGUUUCCUUUUGUAUAUCACCCUACCUCGUUGAGUUAUAGUGGUUGUGCUAAUAGUUUCAGUUUUUCAAAAAACGGAAACUGAAUACAAUGGAAAUUUUCUCUACUUCGAUGUUC